CUCUGGUACAACAACAAAUAAGAAAAAUACAAAGUGGAAUUAAGUACAGUUAACUACAAGAAAAACUAAAACCACCAUUAAAUCUCAUCGUGAACUACAUCUGCAAGUUAUCCUCGCUGUACAACUGGUAUAAUUUCUAGAAUGAAAAGUUGCCCGAGUUGCCUUCGAAGUCAAUCGUUGGAGCCAACCAGAGCCAACACUAGCUUCGAGCAGGCUACGAAUUUUUACGCAUGGCGGCUCGCUCAAACAAGACCCCGCGUAUCAACAAGUCCUCUCUCGAGCCGCACCGCAGUGCCCACUCGCAAAUCUGGAUGAUCCAGCGGCGAUGAUAGCAACCGGGGAACCCCAGGAGUUCACUCCGUUCGGCUCGGAGUACCUGUCCCACCACCCGGGCAGCGUCCGACUCCGGGCCGCCACCAAGGGAAGCGAAUCCAACUCUUCCAACAACGCCGAGCUCCUCGAGGCGCUCCGGGGCGUCUCCCUACGGGUAAACCGCAAGAGCCGCCGUGACGACUUCUGGAAGCUCCGAGAGAGCCCCGGCUCCGAUGGCGAGGAAGAGCUGUACGUGUCCGGCGACACUGCCGUCUGGAGCGAGUCGAGCGGGACCGGGGUACGCACGGCGAUACGCUCUUUUUGUGUCGAAUCCAAGAUCCAGGACGCUCUCUGGUGCAACUUCACCGCCGACGACUACAAGGCGCGGCUGCUGGCCAGGCCGGAGCGGCCGCCGACGGAGCAGCGAGUGCCCUGCGUCUGCGUCUUGGACGCGGUGUCGGGCGCCAUCCACUCCUUCUCGCGCUCGGGCGAAGACUACACGACGCCCGUGCCGUUCGUGGUCUCCCGAGCCUGGCCCAUCAGGCAGGGCCUCCUGCUUGAGCGCAGCGUUCCCGGCGGCUCCAAGACCUCGACCGCCCUGUCGGUCCUCUUCAGCCUGCUCCACCCGCUGGACGAAGUGACUCCCGUCGUGACCCGGGUCACGGUGCACGGCCACAUCCCGAGGCUCUCGUACCUACAGAGUACCGCCAGCGUCCAGGUCGUGAUGACCUGCGAGGAGCCGUCCGUCGUGCUCCUCUAUCACCGCGACAAGGGGACGCAUAGCGUCUGGGAGGUGCGCCGGACGACGGCCGAAGAGGACCAGUUCGCCUGUAACCAGACGCAGUACAGCAGCGCCUUCACGUCGUUCCGGACGCCCACGCAGAGCCCCGCCAGCCCCAUGGUGACCCACAGUACUCCGGUGCCGGGCCACUGGUCUGCUUCGAGUCGUCCAGCAAGCCCCCGGUCGCAAAGCCCGUCCCUGGGCCACAUGGCCACGCUGAGCCGGUCCCAGUCGCCGUCGCUCGCCUUCUGCGUGGAGCAGGGCACCUACAGCACCGCCGGAUCGCCGGCGACCGCGGCGACCCAGGACGAGCUGCAGGCACCCAGCCAGCCCCUGCUGCCAGACGUCUGCCUGGACCAGCUGUGGUUCGAACCCCAGCGGAGUGGGGAGAAGGCAUCCAAGGCAUUCUGGGCAAACAGCAUGGUCGGCCAAAGCUUCCUCUGCUACAAUCUCCCAUCCCGCAAGCUCCUCAAGCUGAUUCCGUACAGCCAGAACGGUCCAGCCGGAAGACUGGUCUUUGGCGAGGCCGCUACCGUAGCCGCCCUGGACGCAGAGCCCCUGACGUCCUUAGGCAUGUUGAUCACCCUCGACCUCAAUGGAGGGCUCUCGCUCUACGCAGGUGCGAGCAGGGUCUGCAAGGUGCACGUGUCUUCUCCCCCCUUUGCGCUCAAGCCCGAGCCCGAUGGUGGCCAGGCACCUCGGAGGAGCAGCCUCAACCCCCUUCACCUGUCUUUUGAUGCCUCCUUGCCAGACAUCUCAGUUUCACCGGUCAGGGGCACUCUACAGUGUCCCGAAGAGAGCAUCUUGGCAUCGCCUCGCGUCGCUCUUCGAGACGCUGUAAGGAACCGCGUGACUCUAGAGUAUCCCUCUGGAGAGCACCACAGGCUGCGUUUACCGGCCAUGUCCAGAAGUCGCCUCAUCGAGAACUGCCUUGGAGCACUCUGCAAGGUGUUGUCCAUGGAACUGGCAGUCUGCUUGCUUGCCAAGUGGUACAUGUCUCGGAAUGCACCGGGACCCACGGACCUGACGGCAUCCUCAGAGCUCCACUCCUUCCUCGGCUUCAUUUUGGGAAUGGUGGGGUACCCAACCAGUGGUGUGGCGUGCAAAUCUGGGAGCUCCGACACCCAUCACCCAAUGGCCGUCAAGAAGUCCAAGUCGAGCGAGACUGGCUCCGACGACGACUGGCGCUACCUGCUGGACCGUGGAGGCGGUUCUGUGAAGCGGGCUGCCGUGGGGUUACCCAAGCCAGGGCCUCGCACAGCCAAGUCCAGCAACGUUGCUAUGAGCUGCGAGGGGAACAGUGCGGCCCCCUUGUUUCAACACGUUUACACAGUGCUGCACACUCUGCACCUGGUGUACGAAGAUGCCAAGCUUAAUGUACUCAACUGGCCCCUGCUGCCCCAGCUUGCGGAGUUUCUCUUCAAGUUGUCUACGCAGCUGUCGCUCAGGGCCUACCAGGAUCUCUACCGGAGGGACUUUCCCGCGCAGUUAGGAACUCUGCCAGUCAGCCUUCUCGUCUGUUCCACUCAGGGUCUACCCAUUCCGUCCCAGUUUCCCCAGUGUCCGCCCAGCAUCUUCGCGUGGAUCCAGGAGAGGCUGCAGCAUUCUGGUGAUACGCGCAGACCAUUUCCUUACAUCCCCAAAGUGACGACGUGCCUUAGAGUAGUUGUGCCCCUGUACGCCGUGCUGACUUCUCCGCCAAACAAGGAACUUUUGUUGAGCCAGUUCUUGAAUGACAUUUUGGGGACAAAGAGCUCUGGUGACCCAGGUCUCUUAGUUCCAGAAGCGGCUAGUGUCGCCGAGAGAUUAGUGUGCCUCCUCGUGCAACUGGGUGUCACCCCUCAGCACCUUGGCAGGUGGCCGUCGGGAGUUGUGGCCCCGAUACAGGACGCCAUGGUGCAGUGUCAAGAUCGCCCUCCUCUCGAGUGGACCGCAGCCGCAUACAGCCUCAUUGGAAGGGAGGACCUGGCCACACUGUGCUGUCCAAAGUCCAACAAAGACAAAGUCUUCUUGGCCGCAUCCGUGCCUCAAGAGGGCUGCAAGCAAGGCUCCAGCUGCAAGGAAAAAGACAACGGCUUUGGUCAGCUUGACCAAGAAAUGCUCAAGCUAAGGUUUAGCAAGGACCAAAGAGUGCUCCAGGUGUGCAAGAUGCUGCAGUCGUCCUGUCCUGUCAGUAUCACCAUCCAGCAAAGACCCGAGGUGAGCGACCACGAGUUCAUGGAAGACCAGGAGCGCCAUCUGUACGGCCUCAGCAUUCGAACCAUGGCCCUCCCCGUGGGGAGGGGCAUGCUGACACUCCGCACUUGCCGACCGGUGCUUACGGAUCCGCUGCCCAUCCCGAAGCUGUGCCUCACGGGAAGGGUGCCGCCGCAGAAUACCAUGGUAGACAUGUCGCACAUCGAGGUGCCGCCCAACAUGAACGUCUGGCCGUUGUUCCACAAUGGGGUGGCAGCGGGCCUCCGCGUCUGUCCCGGCGCGGAAGAGGUGGAUUCGAGUUGGAUCGUGUACAACCGACCACGAGGCACCGCAGCAACGGACGCCACUUUGGAACAUGCGGGCUUCCUUCUGGGACUGGGUCUAAACGGCCACCUGUCGAAACUGAGUACCACAGCCCUCCACGACUACUUGCUCAGGAACCACGAACUGACCAGCGUGGGUCUGCUGCUUGGCUUGGCUGCAUCCAAUUGUGGCACAAUGAACCUGGAGUGCACGAAGCUCAUGAGCAUCCAUGUGGACGCCUUGCUGCCUCCCACAUCGACAGAACUGGACGUCCAUCCUCUCGUACGCGUCGCCUCCGUCAUGGGAUUGGGGCUGCUCUAUGCCGAAUCGGGUCACCGGCACAUGGCAGAGACGUUGCUGGGAGAGAUUGGCAGACCGCCAGGGCCCGAAAUGGACCACUGCGUAGACCGUGAAAGCUAUGCGCUGGCAGCGGGACUCGCGCUCGGACUGGUAAUGCUGGGGAAGGGAGGAUCAACCGUGGGGCUGCCGGACCUUCACAUGGCGGAUCAGCUCUACCAUUUCAUGGUCGGAGGACACGUCAGGGCCGUUGGCAGCGCCUCCCAGAGGGAACGGUUCCGCUCGCCCAGCUACCAGAUCCGAGAAGGCAACGCGGUGAACGUGGACGUGACCAGCCCUGCGGCGACUCUUGCCCUAGGGUUGAUGUUCUUCGACAGCGGCAAGGUUGCGGUGGCCAAGUGGAUGUCCGCUCCAGAGACCCAGUACCUUUUGGACAUGGUGCGACCGGACUUCCUGCUCUUGCGGACACUCGGCGCCGGUCUGGUGCUUUGGUCCGACGUUCGUCCCACCAGGGACUGGGUGGAGUCGCACGUGCCAAAGGUGGUGUCCGCGCAAGCCUUCGGGGACGGCGGGUCCACGGACAUAGACCAUGAGACAAUGAGCCAGGCGUACUGCAACAUCCUGGCCGGAGCCUGCCUCUGCCUAGGGCUAAAGUUUGCGGGCUCGGCCAACAACCAGGCGUUCGACACCCUCCUGCACUACGCCCGGCUCUUCCUCGACCUGCAAAGGCGGCCCUCGGCCGAGCAGGCGGGGCGCAACACCCUUGACAACUGCCUCCUCACGAGCCUGCUCGGGCUGUCCCUCGUCAUGGCUGGGACGGGAGACCUGGAGGUGCUGCGACUCUGCCGUCACCUGCGGCUUCGGUCGGGACAGGCAUCCGGCCACAUCCUUUACGGCUCCCACCUAGCCACCCACAUGGCCAUGGGACUGCUGUUCCUGGGUGGGGGCGGAGGGCUGACACUGGGCACCAGUCCACUGGCGGUGGCCUGCCUCGUCUGUGCCCUGUUCCCCCGUCUACCUAUCCACAGCAGCGACAACCGGUACCACCUACAGGCCUUCAGGCACCUCUACGUGCUUGCCGUAGAGCCCCGGCUCCUGCUGCCCACGGACAUUGCCAGCAAGAACGCGGUCUACACGCAUCUUCAGCUCUCCUUCCGGGGAACGCGGGCGUAUCCUCCUUGCGAGUAUGCCGCAAGAGCACCGUGCCAUCUGCCCGAACUCGCAUUGCUGGACAAGGUGGCGUUGAACGACGCACGCUAUUGGCCCGUUGCCUUCGAGCGCGGCAAGAACUGGGAACGGUUGCGAGGUUUGCUCACGUCUCCAAGGGCCAGGCUGCACGUCAAGCAGAAGGCCGGUUGCCUGCCAUACGCAACCGAUCCGCGAGGCUACAAGACUGCCUUCGAACAGUGCGCCAUCAAGGAGCUGCUGCGCGGGUGGUCCGUGCGGACCAGAGUCUCCGCCUGCUUCUCGGAGAACACGGUCAUCGCCAAGUUUACCGAGUGCUUCCUCCACCUCCGCGCAUCGGGGGACUCUGAGCUGGGGCAGCAGCGUGCCUUCUGCAAGAUCCUCAUGGAGUGCGCGCUCCGCGAGAAGGCGGAUGCGCUCUCAACGCUGUUCGACCUCUUCCAGUCGGGGAGGCACGACUUCUCGACGUCGACGCUUCCACUCUGGCAGACAAAACUGGUGGCGUCAUAUCACGCGUGUCGGGGCGAGCGACGCGAGCAGUCGCUCGUGCACACGGACUUCGUGCUGUCUCUGCAAGACAGCAUUUCGCGGGCCGUGCAAGAUGCACACCCCGAAGAGGAGCAGCGUGUGGAGGUGUGGAACUAUCUGAGAGGGGACUGGGUUCCGGCGGAGGUCUUCCCGUUCUUGGUGCUCCACGACGUUCCCGUCGCGAGUGCAGACUCGCUCGGACGCGCGAGUUUGGACGACGGACUCCCAUCGCUUUGGCUUUGCCUGCAGUCGACGGGUGCGAGCUUGGACACAGCUACAGUGCUGGCAUCCAUCCUCUAGCAUGUUUUGGAAGAAAUUUAAUAUUACUGCAUUGUUUUGUUAAAGCACAAGAGACUCUCGCAUCUUGUUCCGUUUCAUGUUGGUAAAGAGAGCCACAUAAAA